AUGCCACUACGCCAGCUUUCACCUGGCCUACAGAACGCUGAUGAGGAUGCGGUAAAGAUCGAUAUCAUCGCCGUGCACGGCCUGAAUCCCCGAUCCAAGAACGAUGCCGAUCACGCAUGGGACACUUGGCGAACCCCGUCAGGACCUACAGGACGCCUCUGGCUCCGUGAUGACCUUCCUAAGUACGUUCCCGAUUCGAGGAUCUUCCUCUACCAAUACAACGCCACCGCCGUGUACGGGAAGGAUCAUAGCACCUUCAUCGACAAAGCCAACGACCUUCUCGAAGAUAUACGGCUGGAGCGGGAAGAUGUUGAUUCUCGACCGAUACUCUUUUUGGGACAUAGCAUGGGCGGGCUGUUGAUCAAGCAGGCACUCAUCAACGCACACAACAAUCCCAACUACACACCUAUCAAGGACGCCACCAGGGGGUUGGCAUUCUUCGCAACACCCCAUCACGGCGGCGACUGGAAACUGGUGAGUCUUGGAAGUCUGGCUGCCAAGAUCGCUACGGCGACAGGCUUCCAGAAAGGCGAUGAUGUGUUGGAGACAUUGAAGCAGGGGAGCAUUUUUUCGGAUAUCAUGAACGAGCACUGGAGGCACCAGCUCUUGCAGUACGACAUUGUAUCCUUCUGGGGAGGCUUUGAUAACGUUGUCCCAAGGGAGAGCGCUCGGCUAGGCAUGCCAGGCGAUCGCGAGAAUGUCGUCAGACUGGAUGCCGACCAUAGCACGCGUGUACGAAGCAACAUCAAGGACAUGUACAAGAAAGCACUGAAGCAGAAUGGCAGUGCAAAUGACCCAGCUGCUACCUCAUUUGCACUUGCCCCUAGCAUAUCGGAAUUCAGCGGCGUGAAUCGCUUCGUGGCCAGAGGCGAUGAACUCAGAUGCUUGCAUGAGGCCUUAAAAAGGACUGGCGAACGUCGCACCGCCCUCCUACAUGGCCUGGGCGGUAUGGGAAAGACCCAAUUAGCUGUAGCCUACACUAAGCAGCAUCGCACCGACUACUCGGCUUCAAUCUGGAUCAACGCGACAGACGAGACAACGCUGAAGCAGAGUUUCUACCGAGCGGCUCAGCGAAUUUCACGCCAACAUCAGUCCGUGUUGUAUAUAAAAAACGCCGUGGCAAAUGAGGACCUUGAUGAGACGUUAGAGGCAGUCAAAUCGUGGUUGAACCAACCCAAGAACGACCGUUGGCUUGUCGUCUAUGACAAUUAUGAUGACGUUAGAUUCGAUCGUCGUAACGGGAUCGUAAGCAGUGCGAGACCAGGAACAGCAGGUAGCUGGUCUGAUCCAGGCAAUACGCUCUCCGGCUCAGCCGUUUCAAAGGCGUACGACAUUCGAUCAUACCUCCCUGAGACCGACCAUGGUGCCGUCAUCAUCACCACCCGAUCUGCAACGGUGAAACUCGGCAAACGUAUUCCGCUAGGCAAGCUGAGGGAUGUCAACGAUAGCUUAGCGAUACUUACAUCAACAUCUAAUCGUGACAAUUUUGUUGAAGAUCCCGAUGCCACUACGCUUGCGCGACGGCUUGAUGGACUUCCACUCGCACUCGCAACAGCUGGGGCCUACCUAGACCAAGUAUCAACUAGCUGCAAGGAAUAUCUUGAGAUGUAUGAAAAAGCAUGGUUGCGCUUACAGCAGGAAAGUCCAGAAUUGAUAGAGUACGAUCGCGCGUUGUACUCCACGUGGAAUGUCUCAUUCCGGCAUAUUCAGUUGCAAAAUCAGCAUGCGGCCGAGCUCCUCCGUCUGUGGGCAUAUUUUGAUAACCAAGAUUUAUGGUACGAAAUAUUGCAGGCAGGAACAGCGGAGGAGCUGCUCUGGCUUCACAAGACGACGGAGAACAAGCUUGAUUUCGACGCAGCAAUGAGGGUUCUCUGUGAACACGGGCUAGCAGAGCGCAAUACCCACAUCCAGGAGUUGGGGUCAGAAUCGACAGGAUACAGCAUACAUGGGUGUGUUCAUGCAUGGACGAUCCACGUGCUCAAUACAGAAACAAGCCAACCGCUUGCCGGAAUCGCGGUACGAUGUGUAGCCUCCUACAUCCCUAGUCGAGAGCAAAGCAAGUACUGGAUAGUCCAACGACGACUUUUACAACAUGCCGACCGAUGCGUCAAGAUAUUGGAGACCAGUAUCGAGUUGAAAGACAAUGCGUGGGUGUUCCAUGCACUAGGCAACCUCUACUCGGACCAGGGCCGACUCAAAGAGGCCGAGGCGAUGUACGAACGGGCUCUUCAAGGCUCCGAGAAAGCACUAGGGCCAGACCACACAUCGACACUCUCGACGGUCAACAAUCUAGGCCUUCUCUACUUAGACCAGGGCCGACUCAAAGAGGCCGAGGCGAUGUACGAACGGGCUCUUCAAGGCUACGAGAAGGCACUAGGGCCAGACCACACAUCGACACUCGAUACGGUCAACAAUCUAGGCAUCCUCUACUCGGACCAGGGCCGACUCAAAGAGGCCGAGGCGAUGUACGAGCGGGCUCUUCAAGGCUACGAGAAGGCACUAGGGCCAGACCACACAUCGACACUCUCGACGGUCAACAAUCUAGGCCUUCUCUACUUAGACCAGGGCCGACUCAAAGAGGCCGAGGCGAUAUACGAGCGGGCUCUUCAAGGCUACGAGAAGGCACUUGGAGCAGACGCCAUAAAGACCUAUAUUCCUGCCUUGAACGCACUUCAAAAUCUCGGCUCUUUGUUCGAGAUGCUUGGCGAGAAUAGCAAAGCUAUGUCAUACUACCUAAAGGCACAGAACGGCUUCUUAUCUGUACUAGGGUCACAGAACGAGCGAUAUACACAUUUAUCUGAGAAAAUCCGUUUAUCACAGCUUGUUGUACAAGAGAUGGAUGUCUCGCUUCGCGUACAGAAGCCAGGACGAGGGCUUAAAGCCAAAUGGAGGACAUUGAAGGGACAUCUAAAGGGGGGCUAG